AUGUUCGCUUCUGUGUCUAUCAUCUACUUCGUUAUCCUACUAACUUUUGAAAAUACUAUUGAUGUUCGAUCAGUGGCGAUUCCAACUCAGGCUAAUCGUACAUUCAUAAGCAAUUCCGAUCUCUUCGGAGGAGACAUCCUUCUCCGGCCGCAGCAGCUGAAAGGUCGAGCUAUUACGUCGACUCGAUCAGAUGCAGAAUGGCCAAAUGGCAUCAUUCCAUACACCUGGAAAACCCAAACAUGUGGUUCUGAUGGAAAGAAUUGUAUUUACUCAGACAUUUCUUCGCAUAGUAAGUUCAACUAUUUUUUAAAUUCAACGAGAAGAUAACUAACAAAAGACGGUU